CUUUCUUUCUUCCUACCUUCUUCCAUUUCCCCGCCGAUACUAAUAAUUAUGUUCUUGUUCUCCAUCCAUCCAUUCAUUCAUUCCCUCCUUUCUUUCUUUUAUAUUUGCCACAUUGCCCACCUUCCAACCAUUACUCUGCCCUUUUGCUGUUGCUGAGAGCUCAACAACAUGGGAAGAUAAAAUUCUCUUCCCACCAUUGAAGCAAAGCAUUAAGCUUUUCACUUUCUUAACAUAUUCCCUCAAUCCCCUUCUUUUUAAACUUUCCCUGCUCUCCUUUCUUUCUCGUUCUCUGUUUCUGGGUUUCUGUGCUUUUUUUCUUCCGAGAAGCAUUAAACAUUGAGAUCUGCUUUCUCUGAAAAGAAAGGGGGGAAAAGAAGAAAAAAUGGGAAUCUUUCAGGGAAAUUGUACCACAAGCGCCUCCAACCAAAAGCAGAGUCCUCACAAUAGCGCUUGUUUUCUCUGCUCGACUAGCAAUUCCUUUUCUUCUGCUUCUACUACUACUUCUUCUCUGUCAUUAUCUUCACCUUCCAUGCUCGAGGAUCAUCACUGCAACUGCAACAGUAGUGUCAAUGAGAUCGAGACCUCAAGGACCCUUCUGACGAGGAUGGUGUGGCACUUCGGAUUGUCAUGUUUUCUCCCCAGCAGCAGCGAGCUUGAGAAGAAGAAUGGCGGAGGAGGAGGAGGAGGAGAGAGGAGUAUGGUGAAUUCGGAGCACAACAAGGCUUGGCUUCUCGCCGAGUCAGGCGGCGGCGCCGAACUAACGAAUGCUGAACCCCAUUCGGUCCACUCUUCCUUCCGGUUCAGUUUGUGCUCUCAGGUCGAGCUGGAAUCCAUGAACAUCAACUCCUCCGCCGCUUCUUCGGCCACGGUUCUGAUGGUGAAUCUGGACAGUGGGUUGAACGAUUCUCGGGGUAAGGAGCUGGGAUGGAGGCGAAUGCAGUCGCUGGAGAGGAGUAUUUCCCCUGCAGCUAAUUCCUUAAUUCGGUUCCACUACAGUGAGAUUCUCGCCGCCACAAGUAAUUUCUCCAAAGAUAAAGUUUUGGGAAGAGGAGCCUUGAGCUUUGUUUUCAGGGGAAGGGUUGGGUUUAUGAGGACUUGUGUGGCUAUCAAGAGGCUGGAUAAAGAGGAUAAAGAGUCUUCAAAAGCAUUCUGUAGAGAGUUGAUGAUUGCAAGCUCUCUUCACCAUCAGAACAUCGUGCCUCUUGUGGGUUUCUGUAUUGAUCCACAGGAAGGCUUGUUCUUGGUCUACAAGUAUGUCUCUAGUGGCAGCUUGGAUCGCCAUUUGCAUGAGAAGAAGAAGAAGAAGAGAGGAGUAAAUGGUAAUUCAACCCUUGCUUGGUCUGUAAGGUACAAGGUUGCACUUGGAGUUGCAGAAGCAAUUGCAUAUUUGCACAAUGGGACUGAGAGAUGUGUUGUGCACAGAGAUAUUAAGCCUUCAAACAUACUCCUCUCUUCCAAGAAAAUCCCCAAGGUGUGUGAUUUUGGAUUGGCUACCUGGACUUCCUCACCUUGUGUCCCUUUCCUGUGCAAAACUGUCAAGGGAACAUUUGGUUACUUGGCUCCAGAGUAUUUCCAACAUGGCAAGGUGUCGGAUAAGACUGAUGUAUAUGCUUUCGGGGUGGUCCUGCUGGAGCUAAUUACAGGAAGGAAACCCAUUGAAGCUAGCCGCCCUCCGGGAGAGGAGAAUUUGGUCUCAUGGGUGAAACCCCUGCUGGACAAAGGGAAAGGAGCAAUCGAAGAGUUGCUCGACCCGCGAAUUACUUGUACCUUAAGCAACAGAUCACAAAUAACCCAGACGAUCCAUGCAGCUUCUGCCUGUGUGAGCAGCGAGGAAUCUCGUAGGCCCCGGAUAGACGAGAUCUUAGCCAUACUGAGAGGAGAUGAAGAGCUUGCAGCAGCAGCUACGCUGUUGUCUAGCAGUAGCAGGAAGAGGUCCAACUUGGCAGGAGGCAUUGUAGAUUGCUACCCACCGCAGCUCCAGCAGACUAACGACAACACCAGUGAGAUGAAAAGUCAUUUGGCAUUGGCAAUGCUUGGAGUUUCAGAGCUUGAAGACGACAACCACCUCCACUGUCGGUGAUGUACAAUCCAACAAGAAAGCGUUCAAGACUUACAGCUGACUCAUUUGUUGUUAUUCUCUCUUCCAUUUUUGAUUGCUUCGAAUAAUAGUUUGGGGUUCUUGGUCUUGUUGUUCGGUUGUGGGGCUAUUGAUUCUUUUUUGGCUGGUUGCUUUGAGGGAGGGGUACUGACUACUGAGUUGGAGGGAAGGUAACAGUUGAGAAGAAAGAGAUUCGAUAGCAAAAGUGUAAAUAAGAUGGAAUAUAGGCAAGUGCGUGUAAAUACUAUUCUUCUUGCCUUUUCAGUUUUCACCCUUCUCAUUUCCUUUUUUUUUUUUUUUUUGAACAUGACUCAUUUCCCAAAUGGGAGUUGGGAAAAGUGCAUUAUAUUCUUCUUGCCUUUCUUA